CUUGCUUUUCACUCUUUUUUUUUUUUAUUAGACAAAGAAAUCCCCAAAACAAAACAUCCCAAAAGUCCCCAAAACAACAAAGCCAAAGCCACACGCGGUUCAAAAAGCUCCUCAGAAUUAGGCUGCUGUUCAUUUUUGCUUCCAUCUGUUCUCGCUGCUUUUGAGAGUCCAAGAAUGUCUGCCACUGUCGCCAACUCUGCCGACGACGAUUCGCUCUUUGCGAUGGUGAUGCGCUCGCUGCCCUCAUCAGCAUCAGCAUCAGCAUCCAACGCUCCUGCUGCUGCUGCUGCUGCUGCUGCGUCCCAUUUUGAAACAACGGCCACCCCUGUGGCCACCACAGUCACAGACGCGCCCGUCUUGCACGUGGCUGCAGAACAACCCAAGACCGUGGUGCCCACGCUCGCUGCCAUCUCUGUGCGCCGCAACACGCUCAGCAGCGCAAGCAAGCCAAACCAGGCAAACCUCGUGACGGGUCCGGCUUCGCCGCCCACUUCCAAACGCGUGUCGGUCGUCUACGCUCAGGUCAUGCCUCCGCUCCACCAGCAGGCGGCCAUUGCCAUGUUCCCGACGCCCGCAGCGUCCCCGCCGAUCUCGCCGCCCGUUUCGCCUCGAGGCAGCUCCACCCACUAUGCUACUGUUGGCCCUGCUUCGGGUCUCCAUCCGUCCUCCUUGUCCAACCUCGUGCAAAUCAAGCAAAUGUUCAACUCGACCGGCUCGUUGACGGCUUCCGAUGCCAUCAACACGUCGACGCACUCGUUGCACAGCAUCGGAGAUGCAGCCACCCCGAGCACGACAGUGGCUGCAAGCGAUGCAGCACCCCAGCAGGGCGGCCCGACGUUUUCUUCGGCCUACGUUCCACGCGGCCCGACCGUGCGACAGCAGCAGUACCAGUCGUUGCCUACGUCUGGCGCGUGCAGCAGCAGCAGCAGUAGCAGCAACAACAACAGCAACAGCGCCUCUGACGCACCUGCUUCACCAGCUGCAGCUGGCGUGCCAUCGCGCUCAUCCGACCCGGCUUGCUCAACAACGGCCUUUGCGGAAAGCAUGGAGCUCCAAAUCCGAAAGAUUGAAGAGCGCAUUGCGAUUGAGCGCCGAAUUGUGGAGGGCGCUCGCCGUCUCCUCCAGCAGCCAACGAGCGACUUGCACAUUACACGCCAACGCCACGCCUACCUUGAGCAUUCAACUGCCGCGCUGGCUGAGCUGUGCGAUCACCUGGAGCGCCUUCGCGGCGGAUCCCGCGCCCGCAUCCUGAAAAUCUCGCGCAUGUCGUUGCCCGCCAUCUUUGUCUCUGGUCGCGACUUUGCCAGCACGGGUAGCGAGUCGUCGCAUACCUCGCUCAACGCGAACGGAGAGCCAGAAAUGGAGCUGAACAUUGGUCUGGUUGGCACACCUGCCUUCAUCUCGGGCAUGUGCCAUCCCAAUCUGAGCGAAGGCGGCAACAGCAGCCAUGGUGGUGGCGCGUCGGAAGAUGCUUCCGCGCAACCCCAGCCCCAAGGCUCGCCCAUGGCCAAGUCGCGCGUCUCUCAACUUGCUGCCUUCGGUCGCUCAUUCUCGCUGAUGAGCAUGGGUGGCAAGUCGGGCUCCACCUCCAACCUGGCCGGCACGCCGAGCAAGCCGCCAGCUGCUGCAACAUUGCAGAAACUGCCAGAGUCUCUGGACGAGUCCGACACCUGUCGUGACACAAAGCCGCAGCGCCACAACUCGGACAGCUCCCCAACCCGUCGCGCAGCUGCAACGGCUGCCGAAGCCCAACUCGCGGCUCAACAACUACGCAAGUCCAAGACUCCUUCGCCCAUCCGCAGCCGUCGCAAGCUUUUCUCAUGGUACGGCGAGCAACAGGUGGCUGGUGCCGACUGCGACAGUCUCGGUGACGCUAGCGGUUCAUCCACCCCGUCUGACUCGUCCAACGCCCUCUCGGUUCCCCGCGUUGCGACGCCACGACGACAAUCGCUUGAUGAAAUGCUGCCUCUCAUUCAACCUGUGAUGGCUGCAGGCACACCCAACCUUGCCGAUGCAACCGACUUUUCGUCCAUCUUGACCCGCUUGUCCUACGAUGACUGGGCGGCCAUCCGCGACACUGAGGUGUAACGAUCUUGUCCGACUUAUUUUUUUUCCUCCUUUCGCUCGCUCAGUCUCUCCUUUUCCGCGUUUUGUUAUCGUUGUUUCAGUUUUUACUCUCCUCAUUCUAGCAUGUCUCUGUUAAUACUUGCUGUGAUAUUUCCAUUGUUACCUUCCCUUGCAUGCAUCGGGCCCCAACUCGCCACCCUACAAACUUGCAUUUCUGACUACAGUUGCGCAAUCCAACUGUAGUGCUUGUCUGAUUAAACAAUAAACCAACCCUGAAAACAAAA